UACAACGGCUGUUAAAAAUUUUCUUUAUAAACAAAAUAAAAGUGACAAAGCGAGACCGAUCUUUUCUUCUUUCAACGAACAAGAACAUUCAAUUCUUCACGAAAAUGUCGAAUUUAUUAUAGUGGAUUUUGCACAGGAUAAUAAGACAAAUUGUACUAAUAUUUCUACCACGCAAACCAAGUAUUUUAUUUAUAAAUUGGAUAAUAUUGGUCCUCAAAGUGAGUUGAGUGCAGAUGAUGAUAGUGAAGAAAUAAAGAUUGCCAACGUGUGUGAAUUACCUUCGAGAAGAUAUUUUGGUCUGUGGGAAAGCCUUAUUUAUGAUUCUAAUAUUAAAGAAAAUUUGUUAAAAUAUGCCCAAACAGCAAUGCUUUUUGCUGACAGAAAUGUAGAUGAUAAUUUAAUUAGCUGUAACAAAGUUAUUCUAUUACAUGGUCCACCUGGUACUGGAAAAACUUCAUUGUCUAAAGCCCUUGCACAAAAAUUAUCUAUUAGACUUCAAAGUCGUUUUAUAAAAGGAAUAUUAAUCGAGAUUAACAGUCACAGUUUGUUUUCUAAAUGGUUUUCUGAGAGUGGUAAACUGGUUUCAAAAAUGUUUUCCCAAAUAAGAGAUUUUGUAGAAGACCAAAAAUUUUUAGUUUGUAUAUUAAUUGAUGAAGUGGAAUCCUUAGCCCAUGCAAGAGAGAAAUGCAUGUCAGGGAAUGAACCUUCUGAUUCUAUUAGAGUUGUCAACGCAUUGCUAACAGAACUAGACAAAAUCAAAAUACACUCAAAUGUUUUAAUUUUUGCAACGUCAAAUGUAACAGGAGCCAUAGAUUUAGCGUUUAUUGAUAGAGCAGAUAUUAAAGAAUACAUUGGUCUACCAGGAGUUCAAGCCAUUUACCAAAUUUACUAUUCUUGCAUUCAAGAGUUACUAAAGGCUGAAAUUAUCCAACCAAAAGUGAUUAUUCAACAGUGCCCAGACCUAGUUGAACUUGAAAGCAGUGAUAUUUACAAAAAUGACAAAAAACUAUUAAAAAUAAGCGAAGCAAGUGUAGGACUUAGUGGUAGAAGUGUUAGAAAAUUGCCAUUUAUAGCACAUGCUUUAUUUUUACAAACGGAAAUUGCUACACUGGAAAACUAUUUGGAGGCAUUACUUUUUGCGGUGGAAUAUCAAAAGACGAACUCAAAAUAUUUUUAAACUAAAAAACUUGUAAGGAAUUUUUUCAAUUCUUAUUAAGCGUAAACUAUUUUCAAUUCUCCAUAAUUUUUUUAACAGUAUUUUAAAAUUAGUUAAAUUUUUUCUAGUCCAAGUUUGGAGAAAAUGUAACUAGUUUUCUAAUAAAGAGGAUAAAAAUCCACAAAUUGAUGAGGGAUUUUAAGUAGUAAUGGGCGCUGUCGAAUGAAUACAACGAUCAAACUACUGAAUAAAUGAAUGACUCCAAAUAUUAAAUGAAUUCAUUCAUAACUAUUUUUGCUGCUAUAAUCAUCUAUCUCUUUCUUCUGUUGAAAUACGUACUAUGCGGACGGUGCUUAUAGUUAAUUGCAGAGGUUUUAUUAUACUACCAUUACUUUAUUUCAUUUGCACAAAAUAAUUAUCAAAUUGUUGAUACACUUCGCGCACGUACGCGUAUUGUAUGUAUCGUAUUCAUCCAGAGAUAUUUACAUUAGUGAUUCACAAAACUACGCAUUUAGUUACAGUUACUACAAACUAGUUAAUAGUCCGAUAAUUCGAAUAGUUUCUAACUAUCGAAUAAUCCUACUUUUUAUUUGACAGUUCCCAUCACUAGUUUUAAAUAAAUGUAAAUAUUAUAAGAAAAACUUAAGC